AAAGCUCCAGUUCCACAGAGUCAGAGUACAGUCAUCAUAAGGACAUCGAAAAACAGUCGAGAUCAAUAUGACAUGCAAAUUAUUCAUUUUGGCUGGCCUCCUGGCUGUGGUCCGAGCUGGAAUCGUCGGUGGCGGCUUAGUCGGUGGACCAACAGCUGCGACAGUUGCAGUUGGUCAACCAACUGUUAUCAGAACCGAGAACUACGAUCCAAAUCCUCAGUACAGCUUCAGUUACAGCGUGGCCGAUGGACUUACUGGCGACAACAAGGCUCAGGAGGAAACCAGGAACGGUGACGUGGUCCAGGGUAGUUACAGUCUAGUGGAACCUGAUGGUUCUCGACGUAUAGUCUCCUACGCUGCUGAUCCCAUCAAUGGAUUCAACGCUGUUGUGCAAAAAGAUCCUGCAAUUACCGUAAAGGCUGCAGUUGGUGCACCUGGUCAGGUUCUACGAUCUGCUGUAGUUUCUCCUCAGCAACUCGUUGCUACUCGGCCAUCUAUUAUUGCCACGGGUGGACACAGCGCAGCAGUUGGCGCACCUUUAAUUCGUCAACAGGCCUUACUCGCUACUGGUUCUCCAUUGCUGAGACAAUCUGUCAUUACCGGACCUACACUGACGUCUUCCAACAUUAUCAACACUGCUGGUGUCAACGUUGGCUUGCUCAGUGGUAUACCUUUGGGCUACGGACUUGGACUGGGACUUAGGGCCGGAAAUCUUUAUGGUACGCAACCUAUUCUUGCAUCCGGCUAUGGAACCGGAGGCAUUGUCAAAGUUCAUUAAAUUACCAGUACUCUAAGUACAGUACCUAUGGACCAUACCAAUAUAUCGCCCACUUCAACCGUUACUUCUUGCGUCUGAUAGACUCAUUGAACUUUCGACCUUUGAGAACACUGACAAAAAUUAAUGAAUUUCAAAUGGAUAAUUAAGCAUUGGACUGUAAGAAGUAGAUGUUGUUCUAUGGGCCGGACGAACCGGUUUCUCCGAGAAUGAAUCUUUUGUCGUGAAGUGUUCCGUGGUUAUUACGCAAAUUCCUCCACGCUCUUAAGCAGAAUUGUCAUGUAAGGUCAAAGGUUAAUCUUGAUGACAAAGCAAUUGAUGUACAUUGUAUCAAGUACGUUGGUCAGAAAAAGAUUACACAAGUUAAAGAAAGAAUAAAACUUCAUUAUAAAUUUGACUGUUACAACUUGAAAAAUCCGUGAAGCUUCGUUAUCCACAUUGACGAAAACAGCUUUACGCUACGAAAUAUUUAUUCUUCGGGAUAGUUUUCAUGGGUUUCAUUCAUUCCUGAGCGAAUAGACUUUUAUGAAAGUACUAUCUGUAUUCUUCAAAUACCUAUAACAAGUGCUGUCGUUACAUGUCUCGUAUCCUCGUACUACUUUAAUUUGAUGCCAUUUACUAUCGUAUUGGCGAUCAUCCUCGUAAAGUCAGAACGCAUAUACGAAGAAGUAAAACGUAGAAAAUUGUCUGCAGAAUCUCAAUUCGCUCACGAAAAUGAAUAUCUCAUUUGGCACACGUAUAUUAUAAUCAAGCAUAUACAUUAGCAGUAGCGUUCUGUGACAUGUAAUAUUUACGCCGCAAUGUAUUUUCUGGGUGGCAGCUGCUUGGUUGGUAAAACAUAGGAAGCUGAAUUCCGACCCAGCUGUUACCUCCCACACAAUUCUCGCCUAUCCGCCACGUUUAUACGCAUUAAUUUACUCGCCAUAUCCGCACUAUUUUUCUCGAUUCUAUUUCUUUUUCCGUUUGUUAAGUACACUCGUUACCGACUACCCGUGAACUAAGAUCCAGGAUAUUGUAUCGACUUGUCUCCGACAUCGUUGGACUAUAACGACUUUCCUACGGUUUGUCGUAGAUCUACUAGUACUGUACUUGCACUUACCACUUUUCUCACUAAACUUAAGCCUCACGCCGCGAACCCAUUGUAUUAUACGACCCAAUCUAAUAUUUAUGUAUGCAUCCGAAUAAAGAAAAGAGAUUUCACGCUA